GGCCAUCAUCAAAUUUCGCCCUCGCCCUGCCCAUCCUACUAGCCUCAACCACCACAUACAGAAGCACCAGGGCUCUCUCCGCUUGACCAAUCGAAAAUACGACCAGCAAAGCAAAGUGUUGGCGAAUUAAACGACUCGAUCAGCUCAGAAGAUUCAUCAUCCCAAGUUCAUCCGGCUUGUUGUUUCCAGCCGGCUCGUGCUUGCCCCACCAUGGCUCAACUCCAACUCCCAUUCACUCUUUCCUCUCACCCGGCAAUCGCACCCGUCGAGCACGAUUCAGAUAAUCGAAACUCAACCAGCCCUCCUCCUCCAUCCUUCUCAACUUACCCCGUACUACGACUGUCCGACUCUCAGCGUACCUCAAAACAAUCCCUUCAGGUCAUCGUCACCGUUCCUGGUCAGGGCUGGUCUAUCCACAAGGUCUCCGAUCAAACAAUCCUGUCAUCCCAAAAGGUGUCCCCAAGCUUAGUCUUCACCGCCCCGUCCGUUGCGCUCUCAAUCCCUCAAUUAGCACCAGCGCAACAGCAAUCAGAACGAUCCGCCAAAUCAUCAACUCAAAAAAUUAAAAAAACUCGGACCCGAUACAUCUACGCAGCCGUUGCUUGCUGCCCAUCCGAUCCCUCGCCGGCUGUCAACGGAGGCCGUACGAUAUGGGUAUGGAUCGAAAACGAAGUUAAUGGCGGCUUCGGUGAACGUGACGCGUCAAAUGCAGACCCUUCAAAAUCCAGCUCAGCCAAUGUCAUCAAGGAAUUUCCCUCUCGGGUCGAAAUGGUUUAUCCUCUACCCCCCACCGACCCUAAGGAUGGCUCAGCAACUCAACUGGCUCGAAUCCUAGUCCUACUCCAAUCUGGAGAGGUCCUCCUCUGCAACGAACAGUUAACCACCAUCGCCACAUGUCGUGUACAUUGCAACCCCCCGCCCUUGAUCUCCUCCGAAUUCCCUUACGUCCGCAUCCAAACUCACAACAAAAAUCAAGAAUCAGAUCUCACAUCAAACUUGAUCAGCCAUCCAGGGAUAUCCAUCACCAGCUCGCCCGGACUGCUGAUCUACAUAUCCCGCUUAAAACCUGAAUUCCCACCGUCCCCAGAACAAUUGCCAAAUGGGUCCACCCCAAAAGGACGCUCGAAGAAGCGUAAAUCUGUCCCAACACAACCCUCAAAACCUACUUUCGGUGGUCUCACUCAUUAUUCGCACCUCGAACUUUGCGUCUUGGAAUUACAAUCAGAUAGAUUACAUUCGUUGGGCCGGACUUCUCAUAAAGAAGAUUUCUUGGACGUGGCCAUUGGCGCUCAAGGUUGGGUUACCAUCAUGGCACGGAGUCAUGUUUUAUCAACAUAUACACUAUCACACACCCCUACUCGUUCCUCUGACGACGAAGUGUUACCUUCCCGUGAUCUGACACUAAUUCCUCAUCCACAGUGCAGUGCAAUGCAGCUUGCAGCAAAAUUUCGAUCAGUUGAAGCGGCUCCCACUUCAAGUGCAUCAACACCAGUGCUUGUAGCGCUCCCCUGCUCUGUUCCACUCGUAUUCGUAUUCAUGUCACAUUCCGCCCAACCAUCUACCGGCUCAUCUACCUCUUGUCUAGGCCUCGUCCUUGAUCUAUAUCAUAAAGCUGUUCUAUUCGUUCUUCAGUGCCCGUGGCCAACUGCGCCGAAGCAUAGCCAGUCAUCGCCUUCUGACUACGAGCCUGUGACCGUCUCAGCAACUCUGUCCUCCUUAUCACAGCCACCACAUGUUUAUCUGUGCUUAUCCUACCAAAGUAUUCGAAUUGUCCAAGUCCUUCAAGCACCGGAAUUUCCAGCGGAUGGACCAACUUGGCUUGAAGUAUUGAACCCUGUGGUAACAGAUGCCACACUCGCUUGGUCAAUCCCGGAAUCUAACGGCGCCAUCACACACGCGCAUACUGCUCCGGAUCGCCAGAAGAAACCCAUACUGGCAGAAUCACUGUUGGACUGCUAUUCGAUGAGUUUACAGUCGGAUGCGCGCGCCCAAAAAGCUACCCAUCUACCAAGCUUAAAGUCAUUCAUUUCCCGUUUCAAUGAUAUCUCUCUUACCACUAUCGGAAAAACUGGACAUUGGGACGCUGAAAGCGCUAGAGCAGCUGAAAUCGCUUGGGCAGAAUGCGUGUUAAGCCCUCUGAGUGGCCAAGAGGCAAGCGAAACACAAGACGUGAACAUGACGGGGGAUGAUUCAUCUGAAAAUUCUACAGACCAGUUGGUCGCUGCAUUCCUGCGAGAAGUCAACUCAACAUCAAAGCUCGGCUCAGUGCUUUCGAAAGCGUUUGUCGAAGUCCUACUUCAACUAUGCUUAGCCCAAUUCGGAGACAAAGUAGGAAAAGACCUGACAAUUGCGUCGAGUUCAGGAAACAAGCCUCAAAAUCUGAAGCCUUACCCAGCCCAGAUUGUCGUUUGUUUAUUGCAUUCGGGCCUUGUGGAACAAAGCAUGAUUUCUGGUGGUUUGGUUGCUGCGCUCAGACGGACCGGUGAUGUUGGGGCGGUUGAAGUGGCGAUUUGCAAGUUAUUUGAUGUCGAUGAAGUCGAGUCGAUCGAGACCAUUCGUUGGGCAAUUCAAUUCCACAACUCUCCGUCACCGGCCCCUGCCUCGAAGAAGGUACCAGAUUGCAAACAGUCGCUCUUCCAGCGUCUCCUGUCCAAGGUCGUUUCCCAGCCACUUUCUCCCGGUCCAUUGAAAAGGGCGCUGAAACAAAUCUUGAGCACAAGUGACAUCCUCGUCGUUUUUGGUAUCCUCAACGAGUGGAUCGAUUGGUGGUUGGAAGAAGGCAUGCAAGUUCUCCGGAUUAAUUCAAAAAGUAGUCAAACCACGACCGAUUUGACUUCAAAACCUCAACCGACUAGCGAGGCCCCCGACUCUGUUUCACCUCCCAAAGAUGCAAAGGAGCAUGAGCACGAGUCAGGCCCGAAUUCCAGCGGUCUUCCUAGCCUCCGUCGUAUUUUUGAGUUCAUAGAGUGUUGCUUGGACGCACACCUGAUUGGACUGAUCCAAUACAAGGAAGCCAGCUCGAUUCUCGAGGCUCUCAAGCUGAAACUCAAGCAAGAACUCGAGCUCGACACCGUUUUACAAGCGUUACAUGGGCCAUUAACCCAGUCGACCAAGCUACAUAAGCAACGACAACGUCGACAGAGAGAGAAGCUCGAGAAAUCCUCCAAAGGAACCCAGCCCACGUGGCAGAAAUCCCAGAUCAAGGUCCCCAAACCCUGCAAACCUCAUACCGCUGAUCCUUCUUCUCGCACCGCUCCGCCACCGUCCAAACCUCCUUCUAAAAAGAUCAGCAAGAAGCGUGCCGUACAUCCCGAUGCCCGUCGGUUGCAGGGAGAGACUGGCAAUGUUCAAUCGGUCGCUGAAUACACUUUGGAACGUUUAUCUUUGAAAGUUUUUUUCCCUUCUUCUUCUUCUUAUAAUACCUUGGCUUCCUAUGGUAUACAUCUAUCUUACGAACACCUGGUCAAGAGUAGUUCAAAAUUUUUAUCUCCUUUGGCUUUCUUUCUCCAAUUUUGAUUGGUUGAGUGGAAAUUUAACAUGGAACAAAAAAAAUAGACUUGUCUGACACUGGGUAGC